AUGGGCAAAAUCAACCUCACCGCCCUCAAUGUCCGCAGAAGCGCCCUUGCAAGAGUCAGGGCCAAACAGUACCCAAAUCGGCCAGCCUGGGUCGACGUUCUCGCCGAUAUUCCUCCCGCACAGGUCCUGACACGACCUCAACCUAUCCGGCACCCUCUGACACAUACCCGCACAAGGACACUCCCUGAUGGAACCACAAAGCAAUAUUCUAUGGCCAUCGAGCAAAAGAAAUCCAAAGCCGCAACGAAGAACCGGCAUCUCUUCACCCCCCACAAACUGCGUUAUGAAGAAGACUCUUUGCGGACAAGGUUCUUCAGCGACCAUCCCUGGGAGCUAGCCCGCCCUCGGGUUGUGCUGGAAACGGACGGAGACCAGUAUAAGAACGCAGACUGGUCUAAGGGACUGAUGCAACCGGGAAUCCAACUCUCUGGCGAAUCGGUCGUACAGCGGCAGCUAUAUCUGCUUGAGAACAUUCCCGACAUCACAGUCGCUCAAUCCUACGACAUCGCCCGGAAAGAAUUCUACGCCCUGCGACGGAAAGAGGAGACACGAGAUAGGAUCGCCGCAGAGGAGGCCCGCCACAUGGGUGCACGCUUUGGCAUGUCCUACAACCAGGUCAGCAUGAAGAUUGAGAGCGAGAUCUACGAUGAAUGGGAGAAAUGGGCACGUGAACAGGUCGUUGAACAAAUGUCAAGGACGGCUGCGUUCGAGGGAACUUCGGGCAUGAAUAUCGAGCAAGAUGUGCUGGAUGAGAACGCCAGCGAAGACCUUGACAAUCCCUCAGGCCAGCGAAAAACAUCAUCAAACCUUGGGAGAGCUGUCUUCGCCAACGAAGCUCAACAGACCACACGAGUGCUAGAACGACGGUAG